UCCAGACGUAAGACAAUGUCAAAUGUUAGAUGCAGCAGCCUCACGUGACUAGUUGAAAGCUUUGGGGGAUCCAGCACGUGACCGCCUCUGUAUUGGAGGAAGAAAAAGAACAUAGGAGGCAGAAGCUGAAACUUCUUGCUCUGCUGUUUCACACUCACGUCACUUUGCACUUCAACUCUCUGUCUCUGCCAUUUUUUUAUUUUAUUCUGGUUAUCGUAUGCUCUCUCAAUGUCUUUCUCAUUGUUUGUGUUAGUCAUUGAAGCAAUGCAAAUAUGAGAGGACCUGCAUUCUGGACUCUCAUCCUUCAGUUUUCUCUGCUAUUGUUUUUCUGUUUUAAUGGAUUCCAUUGUGGCUCACUUAGUGAUGUGCCAGCAAACGCUCCUGAUAUCUCCCCAAGUGUAAAUCCUCAACCCUUUCUUCCUCUUUUAGCUCCUUCGCCGCUGACACCAUUCAUAAAUAACAGUGUAACAUUGUCAGGACUCUGUACAUUAAAUUUUUCAGCUGCUGAAAGCUUGCUCAGCACAACAGCAACUGAUUGCUGGGCUUCUUUUGCACCUUAUUUGGCCAAUGUAGUAUGUUGUCCACAGUUGGAUGCCACCUUAGUUACUCUCAUUGGCCAGUCCAGCAAACAAUCUGGGAUGCUUGCUUUGAACAUGACUCAUUCAAAGCACUGCCUGUCAGAUGUUGAGAAUAUUCUGGAGAGUAGAGGAGCAAACACAGAACUUCAAAAAUUGUGCUCAAUUCAACCCGGAAACCUUACUGGAGCCUCUUGCCCUGUUAUAGAUGUCGAUACAUUUGAGAGCAUUGUGGACUCUGCAAGACUUCUGGCAGCUUGUGACAAGGUUGAUCCUGUUAAUGAGUGUUGUGAUCAAGUCUGCCAAAAUGCCAUAUCAGAUUCUGCUAGAAAAAUUGCCUUGAAUGGUAUGUCAAGUACAAAUGGGGCUCACGUCUUGCCUGAACACUUAACUAGAAUUGAUGAUUGCAAAAAUAUUGUCCGCCGAUGGCUAACCAGUAAACUUGAUCCACCUUCUGCAAAUAGCAUUCUCAGAGGACUUUCAAAUUGCAAAAUAAACGAAGCUUGUCCACUAGUUUUCCCUAGUAUAAAGAAUGUUGUGGGAAAAUGUGGAGAUAUGAAGAGCAAUGAGACAGCAUGCUGCAAAGAAAUGGAGACUUAUAUGUCCCAUUUGCAAGAGCAGAGCUUCAUUACCAACAUGCAGGCUUUGAAUUGUGCUGCAUCACUUGGAAUAAAGUUACAGAAAGCUAAUGUAUCCAGCAACAUUUAUAGUCUUUGUCAUAUAAAUCUCAAGGAUUUUUCCGUUCAAGUUGGAUCACAAGAGUAUGGUUGCCUUUUGCCAAGCUUGCCUUCAGAUGCCACGUACGAUAGAACUUCAGGAGUCAGCUUCAUUUGUGAUCUUAAUGACAAUGUUGCAGCUCCUUGGCCCUCUUCAUCUUUCAAACCUGAUUCAUCCUGCAAUAAAACUAACAAACUUCCUUCACUUCCAAAGGCAAUAUCUGGACAGAAUGGUUUUGACAUUAAGAACUUGAUGAUUUCCAUGUUCUUUUCCUCGUUGCUGCUUCUCAUCAUGCUUUUCUGAAUCUUCUGUUUGCAAUUGAUGUGGAUCAUUUAUUUGCCCCAGAUAGAGCUGCCCAAGUAUAAGAUUUUGUGUUUGGUAUGAUUUUUUACUUGUAUAAGUUCAAAAAUUAAUACGAUAAUAAAUUUCAUAAAAAGGGGAAAAAGAAAAACCCCGUUAUUUGUUCUCUUUCUAGUGUCACAAGGUAGAGUUGGAAUUUCAUUGGAACAAGACAAUAAAACAAGAAAAGAAAGCUGAGAUCGACCGAAUCUUGUCCCUUUCCGUUUAACUUUUAUUGCCUUUUUCUAUACUGUUCCAGGCAUGAUUUGAUAUUAUUGGUUGUAAUUUUCCAUAUAAACCCAAAACCUUAUAUUAGAAUACCCUUCUUUUUCUUUU